UACAGGCUCCCUUCACGUAUCCUCAUUGUGGUGGCAGUAUGCAUUCCCAUUACAUUGGGGGGGCUUGUAUUCCUGCACCACUCACAUCUUUCAUAUGUGGUCUGCCGGCCCCAGUAGGAGGAGAUUCUGCCAUGUAACUGGUUGUGAUGUGACUGACAAUCUCGUAGUACAUCUGCGAGGCCCGGUUUUCUCCCCUUAUCCCGAGUUACCAUGUCCUCCCCGCUCUGCAUCCUGCUGCUGCUGCUGCAUGUGACAGCUAUGUAUGCUCAGUUACGGGUCACCACCUCCCCUGAUCAAAUGGCUUCUGAGACUGGAACCACUGCUGUCUUGAAAUGUUUUUUUUCUUUGGGUGUGACCCCAGUGGAUCCUGCCCAGGUCCAUGUGUUUUGGAAGCAUGAAGGAAAGAAAGUAUUGUCAUACGUUGACAGAAUCACUGCUCUUAGACCUGGCGCACAUAUCUCAGAAGAACAGCUGGCAAACGGAGAUGCAUCCCUAACUCUACCUAAUGUCACACUGGAAGACGCAGGCCAGUACACCUGUAGUAUCCGACUGGGAUCUGAACAGGUGACACAGAAUGUGAAUUUUAUUGUUACUGAAUUCCAGUACAUAAGCCUUGAAGGAACCACGGUCAUUAUCAACAAGUCCAAUGAGUUACGAUGUUCAGCGAGUAAUUUGUCAUCUCCUGAUGUUACGUUCAAGUGGAUGAAAGAUGGAGUGGUCCUCAGCACCUCCACCCCACAUCUGGUAGAAGGUAGUAAAAGCGAAGGCUUUAUAGCUCACAGUUCAUUUUGCUUUACUCCAGUCCCUGAAGAUGAGGACGCUUACUACUCAUGUCAAGUUGUGCAAAAGUCACUUCCUCCACUUAAGAAAACAUUUCAACUCACCUUUGGAGUUCAACCAGAGGUUUUCUUCUACCUGUCAAACCAAGGGCAAAAGAAUUCAUCUUUAAUCUGCCGAGUGUCAGGCUAUUACCCUGAUGAUGUGAACCUUUCCAUGAAAAGAGUUGGAGAGCUCUUAGGAUGUAAAAUUAAUAAAUGGAGAAACCCCAAUGGCACCUAUUCUCUUGAGGCCAUUUAUCGGACCAAUAUGACCUAUAGAGAUAGUAACUCUGAGUACACGUGUACAGUCUACCAUUCUACUAUCCCAGACGGUACAACAGAAAAACUGAAGUUUCUCGUUGAUGCCUAUGUACCGAAAGCAUUGUGGAUAUCAGGAGCUUGUGGUCUGUUACUGCUGACUGUCAUUCACAUUUUCUGCAAAUACGUCACCGACAUCUCGGUUUGCAAAGAUUGGACUGAAGGUAGCAUUGCCACACUAAGGUGUAGUAUUUGUGGCCGAUACCCUAAAACCCUUUCCGCGGUGUGGCUGAUCCGACGUGGAGACAAGGAGAUUGAAAUAAAAGAGAAAGGCUCCCCAUACACCGCUGGGGACUACAAAGAAUGGCAGGAACAGGAUUCUUACACAUGUUGGAAUACUGUGAAGAGCAGAUUUGUGGGUGGCAUACGCCAUUCUCUAUGCUCUAUCCUUAGCUUUCAGGUGCACAAGGAAAGUCAUGACCAGGCGGAGUUCAUCUGUCGGUUCAUGAGAGCGGGAAAGAUACUGCAGGAGAAGAAAUACUUUGGAACAGUUCUGGAUAAUUAUGGCUACUACUCAGUAUCAGGCAUUUGUGUACCGGAAACUUGUAAUGAGGGAGAAAAAUUAACCCUUAGCUGCACCAUAAAGGGGAAUAUUCCUGGGGACAUCAGAGUGACAUGGGAAAAGAGCCUGAAUGAAGAACGGACACUAAUCUCCAAUGAAGAUGAAGCCAAUUACCAAGUUACCGAGAAUAAAUCACAAGGACAGAUCUGCUCUUUCCUAACACUUUGCCCAACUUGUGAGGAUUCUGGGGCCGUAUUUACAGCUUCAUUCUCUGAAAAUGAAGGGCGGAUCCUUGCAGAGCGCAGCUCAAAGCCUCUGAUAGUAGCCGAGCUAAAGAAGGACAACUGGUCUCGGACUUAUCAGGACUGGGGUUUCCGGGCAUUUGAUGAAAACAUGACCACAGAGAUGUAAGAUGAAGCUCUAUGGGGGAGAUUUAUCAAAACCCGUCCAGGGGAAAAGUUGCUGAGUUGCCCAUAGCAACCAAUCAGAUCGCUUCUUUCAUUUCUGAAAAGGCCUCUGAAAAAUGAAAGAAGCGAUCUGAUUGGUUGCUAUUUAGAGAUGAGC